AUGAAUAUUGCAGAGGACAGCUUCUCCUCUCUGAUAAAACUGCAAGAAUUAUACCUGAAUCAAAACCAGCUUAAACGAAUCCCAAAGAAACUCUCAUUUAGUUUACAACUGCUCAGCCUCAAAGGCAAUAAGAUUCUUAAUAUAACAAAAGAGGAUCUACCCAAUCUGUCAAACAUAGAAAUACUUCACUUGUCGCAAAAUUGUUACUAUCACAAUCCCUGCAAUGUGUCCAACUAUAUACAUGAUGGAGCAUUUUCAAGUGGCAACAAACUGAAAAAUCUAUCACUUGGCUCAAAUAAUUUAACUACUGUUCCUCGAAACUUGCCAGAAACGCUAAUUUCAUUAAAUCUCAAUAAAAACAAGAUUCAAUUUAUAAACCCUGAUCAUUUUGAACAUCUGAUUGGUCUGGAAUACCUUGACUUAUCUGAAAACUGCCCCAGAUGUUUUAAUGCUCCUUUCCCAUGUGAACCCUGCCCGGGAGAUAAGUCCAUUCACAUCCAUCCAGAUGCUUUUCAAAGGCUUCCAAAGUUACAGACAUUAAUUCUUUCCAGCAACAGCCUCCGUAAAAUACAAAGUAGCUGGUUUCAGAAUUGUACAAGCUUGAAGGUUUUAUAUCUUCAAAUGAAUUUCUUGAUUGAUGAAAUUGCUACUGGAGACUUUUUAAACCACCUACCCAGGCUGGAAAAAAUUGACUUGUCAUUCAACUAUAAAAUAGCUCAUUAUUUCAAUAAUAUCAAUCUUUCAAAAAAUUUUUCUAAAUUAGUCUCUUUGAGAGAAUUAUAUAUUAAAGGUUAUGUUUUCAAAGAACUUGAUUACCAGGAUCUAAAACCAUUGUUCCUUCUCCACAAUCUUACCAUUCUCAAUCUUGGAACAAAUUUCAUUAAACAGGCAAACUUAACGAUCUUCAAAAAUCUCAAAUCGCUAAAGAUAAUAGAUCUUUCAGAAAAUAGAAUAUCACCUCCAUCAGUCAACAGAAAUCUUCUACAUGAUUCUACAUAUAAAGGUAAAUACCUCCCGUAUGUGGAAUCAAGAUUACAAGAAUCAAAUUUACUACCUGGCCAUAGCCACCUUGGACAUGAAUCUCUUAAUGAUGAUGGUGACUAUAUCUUUGGGCCAAACAUGAAGAGGGAUUGUGAUUCAUAUGGGAUGACAUUGGAUUUGAGUUUGAAUAGUAUUUUCUUCAUCAGCCCAAAACUGUUCAUUGGCCUUGAGAAAAUAAGGUGCCUGAAUUUGUCAUCAAAUGCAAUUGGGCAAGCUUUAAAUGGGACUGAGUUUGCAUCCUUGUCAAAUUUGAAAUAUUUAGAUCUUUCUUAUAAUCGACUUGAUCCAGCUUAUGAUAACGCUUUUCAAGAACUGUGGCAACUGGAAGUGUUGGACUUAAGCAACAACCAGCAUUAUUUUGUUGUCGAGGGUGUGACACAUAAAAUGGGAUUUAUUGAAAACCUUAAAUAUUUGAAAAAGUUAAAUUUAGGCAACAAUGCCAUCUUCACCCUAACAGAAAAUAGAUUGAACAGUGCCUCUUUGGAACUUUUGAAAUUCCAAGGAAAUCGGCUGGAUAUUUUGUGGAAAAGGGAGGAUUAUAGAUAUACAAGCUUAUUUAAAAAUCUAAUAAAUUUGACCCAUCUCGAUUUAUCAUACAACAAACUUGAGUACAUCCCAUCUGAAAUUUAUGAAAAUUUACCGUAUAAUUUAUCAUAUUUGUCUUUGAGACACAACAAAUUACAUAAGUUUAGCUGGCCACAACUUCGCUUUUUGAAGAACCUGCUGACUUUAGACCUGAGCUAUAAUGACUUAACUAUUGCCCCUGAUAGGCUGUACAAUAGCACCAAGUCCCUCCAAAAACUGUUGCUGAAACGAAAUAGAAUCUCUCAACUCCCCAUAAGUUUCUUUACAUCAGCAAACAGAGUUAAGUAUCUUGAUUUAAGUUAUAAUAAAAUUCAAAAGUUACAGCAGACAGUUUUUUCAACAAAUGAACGACUUUUCCUGGAAGUUCUGAUUUUAAAGGGGAACCCAUUUUCUUGCAUUUGUGAACUUGUGCCAUUUAUUGCCUGGAUUAAUACAUGUGACCUGGACAUUCCUCAGCUGGCCACUGAUGUUACCUGUGGAUCGCCUGAGAGUCAACGAGGACAGAGCAUUAUUCUCCUUGAUCAGCACACAUGUGCAAUGGAUGAUGUUGCAGCUUCACUAAGUUUGGCUUCUGCCAUCAUCAUUUUUUGCACCAUGUUUAUAGCAGUGACCCAUCAUUUGUUUUACUGGGAUGUAUGGUACUUGUACAAUUUCUGUGCUUCUAGAUUGAAACAGUAUCAGUGUCACACAUUUAAAGUGCAGAACUGCUCCUACGAUGCGUUUGUUGCUUAUGACACUUCAGAUCUUGCUGUGACAGACUGGAUUGUCAAUGAAUUAUUGGUUCAUUUGGAAGAUAAAGGUGAAAGGCAACUUUGCCUCUGUUUGGAAGAGAGAGAUUGGGAAUUAGGAAUGCCUGUUGUUGAGAAUCUUUCUCAAAGCAUACACAAGAGCAAAAAGACUGUGUUCGUGCUUACAAGGAGAUAUGUCAAGACUGGAAGUUUCAAAACAGCCUUUUAUAUGGCUCAUCAAAGAUUAAUGGAUAAAAAUGAAGAUGUAAUCGUGCUGAUCCUACUGGAACCUGUUUUAAUAAACUCAAAGUAUCUGAAAUUAAGGAAGAGGUUAUGUCGCAGCUCAGUGUUAUAUUGGCCUAAAAAUCCUAAUUCUGAAGAUUUUUUCUGGCAAUGCUUAAGAAACGCAAUAGCAGCAAACAAUAACUCAAGCUACAAUACAAUUGCAGAAUUCAGUUGA